GUGGUGGGUGUCUGUCUGUCACGCUCCCCGGGCGCAAUGUGGAGGCUGCUGGGUCCCAUGGCUCUGCUCCUUCUAGCUCCCUGCCACACGCUCGCUGAUCUCCCCAAGGCCGUGGUGACCCUGGACCCACCCUGGGACCGAGUCCUGGAGAAGGACCAUGUCACGCUGACAUGCCAGGGCCCAGGCGGCCCCGGGCACAGCGUCACACACUGGUGGCUCAACGGCAGUGCCCUGGCCACCCAGCAGGAAGCCUCGCUCACCCUCGCCUCGGCCCGCAUGGCGGACAGCGGCCAGUACAGCUGCAAGACGGCGCUCUCGGCCCGCAGUGACCCCCAGAGCCUGGAGGUGCACCAGGGUUGGCUGCUUCUGCAGGCGCAGCGCUGGGUGGUUCGGAUCGGAGACCCCAUCCGCCUGCGCUGCCACAGCUGGAGGAACCGGUCGGUGCACAGCGUCAUCUACUUCCACAACGGCCGAGGGCGGCAGUUCUCCUACCAGAACAUGGAGCUGCUCAUCCCCGCCGCGAAGCUGACAGACAGCGGCACCUACUUCUGCCGGGGCCUCUUCGGCCGGGUGCGCAACGAGUCCUCCGCCACGGCGCGCCUCCUCGUGGAAGAUCCCUCCAGACCCCUCUACUCCCCCUCCAUCCCCUCCCCCUUCCUGCCCUCCCCCUCCCUGGCCGUGGGACUUUUGUACGUCGCGAGCACCGGGCUCUGCCUUUCUGUGUGGCUGGACCUUCGACGCCUACUGGUGGCCGCCCGGUGGAAUGAGAAGAUGCGAUGGUGUCGGGACCCUCCAGACAAAUGA